AUGUUUAGAUCUAUAUUCCACACCGCCAGGCUCAGUGCUAAGAGGCCUUUCCCUUCUGCCGGAGCCCUUGCAAACCCCCGUUUUGCCAGAUUUAUCUCCACAGAAAUCAAGGAUGCCAUCGACAAGGCCGUGCAAAGUUCUCCAGUGGUACUUUUCAUGAAGGGAACUCCUGAGUUCCCCCAGUGUGGCUUUUCCAGAGCUACGAUCCAGAUCUUGGGCCAGCAAGGCGUGGACCCCCACAAGUUUGCCGCUUACAACGUUUUGGAGGACCCAGAGUUGAGAGACGGUAUCAAAGAGUACAGCCAGUGGCCUACGAUCCCACAGCUAUAUGUGAACAAGGAGUUCGUUGGCGGCUGUGACAUUGUCAUGUCGAUGGCACAGAGUGGCGAAUUGGCAGACUUAUUGGAACAGAACCAGUGUUUGGUUCCAGAAGAGGAAGAGGAGCCACUGGAGGCUAACGUGAAGCCAUCCGAGAGAUCAUAG